CGCGCGUGUGCAUGCACAUUCAUAGACGCGGUAGUAUAUAUCGUAUCGUCAUCAUCGCAGAAGUGGAGUGAGGUAGAGGCCACCCACUCUUUCCCACAGCAGGUUUUUCCCACGCCCCCCAGGAUAACCCCAACAUCCUUUUGCGGCAGCAAUUCCACGGUUCGUGGGGGCGCCGCCGCUACGUGGGGAGAAGAGAGAGAGGAGGUCGGAUGGAAACGCGGGCGCGAUGGAGGGAAGGCGCGAGGCGCGAGUACGAGGGGAGCGGUGUACGCGACGCGCGUCGUGUGGUGGGAGACAGAGCUGGCAGAGGGCAGAGGGAUCUAGAGGCAGUAGAGGCGCUCGGGUCGACACCGCCGGGCCAUUGUACAACAGUAAAACAAUAGAAUCUGCAGCAUCAGUGACGUAUCCGCGUGCGCGCGGUCGCCAAGUUUCGUGAGCGGUUAAAAAAAAAAAAGAAAAAGAAAAAGUGUCAUCGCGAUUAAAGAGAAAGAGAGAGAGAGAGAGAGAAAGUGUGCUCUACUUUUCACUUCUCAGAUGCAUAAUAUAGCCACCAAAGUGUAUCGUCGAAUCGAAGCAGCUCGCGCCCCGUCACCGAUUCGAAUCGAGUCCGGAUUUCUGCAUCUACAUCGCAGAAAGGAGUUGCAGUUCAGAGAGCGAUCUUAGACAGGGGGAGAGAGAGAGAGAGAAGGAGAGAGAGAGGACGCGGAACGAUUCGCCGCCGCGGACGGUGGUGAACGAUCGCCGGGACUUGGCAGAGCCGCUCGCCGCUCCGGAUGAUCGAUAACUCGGAGGAUGCACGCGGGUACGCGAUUACUCUCGACGCCCGAAUGAGGAGGUAAGGGGGCGAGAGAGAGAGAGAGAGAGAGAGAGAUUGGAAAGGGCGGGCCAGGGGCGCCAGGGCGCGAUUGAAAAAGAUGAAGAUAUAAGCCACUCUCUCAAGGGCGGUGUAACUCUGCGGUGCAACUCUGCGGUGCAACUCUAGUUAUUCCGUAGCGCAGGAGAGUCGAAUUUGGACUCUCGCCGAUUUAAAUAUGCCACACCAAUUUGGACUGCCAACGAUGGCACACGGUAUGCAAUCUCCGCCCUCGCCGACCUCGGUCAUGUCCGUUUAUCCCCGAUUCGGCGGCUCCGGCAUCUACAGGCCCGACCAUCAGGAUCAACGGCUGACCCGCGAGGCGAUGGAACGUUACCUGCGCGACCGUAGCGACAUGGUGAUCGUGAUUCUGCACGCCAAGGUCGCGCAAAAGUCGUACGGUAACGAGAAACGCUUCUUCUGCCCACCACCGUGCAUCUACCUGUUCGGCGACGGGUGGAGGAUGCGUCAGGAGCAAAUGCUGCGCGAGGGCGAGAGCGAGCAGAGCGCUCAGCUGUGCGCUUUCAUUGGCAUCGGCAAUUCGGAUCAGGAUAUGCAGCAACUGGAUCUGAACAACGGCAAGCAGUAUUGCGCGGCGAAGACCCUCUACAUCUCCGACUCGGACAAGCGCAAGCACUUUAUGCUCUCUGUAAAGAUGUUUUACGGCAGCGGCCACGACAUCGGCGUCUUUCACAGCAAACGCAUCAAGGUGAUCUCAAAGCCCUCGAAGAAGAAACAGUCUCUGAAGAAUGCGGAUCUCUGUAUCGCCAGUGGCACCAAAGUAGCCCUCUUCAAUCGGCUGCGAUCGCAGACGGUGAGCACACGCUACCUCCACGUGGAGAAUGGCAAUUUUCACGCGAGCUCCACGCAAUGGGGCGCCUUCACCAUCCAUCUCCUCGACGACAACGAGAGCGAGUCCGAGGAGUUUCAGGUGCGGGACGGUUACGUCCACUACGGCAGUACCGUUAAACUGGUGUGCUCCGUCACGGGAAUGGCACUACCACGAUUGGUCAUUCGCAAGGUCGAUAAGCAGAUGGCCAGUCUCGAGGCCGACGAUCCCGUCUCGCAGUUGCACAAGUGCGCCUUUUACAUGAAGGACACGGAUCACAUGUACCUCUGCCUCUCGCAGGAACGCAUAAUUCAAUUCCAGGCUACGCCUUGCCCGAAGGAAGCGAACAAGGAGAUGAUCAACGACGGCGCCUGCUGGACCAUCAUCAGCACCGACAAGGCCGAGUAUCAGUUCUUCGAGGGCAUGGGUCCGGUACGGUCACCGGUCACCCCGGUACCCCUCGUCCACAGUCUACAUCUCAACGGCGGCGGUGACGUGGCGAUGCUCGAGCUGACGGGUGACAAUUUCACGCCGAACCUGCAAGUCUGGUUCGGCGACGUCGAAGCCGAGACCAUGUACAGAUGUCAGGAGAGCAUGCUCUGCGUCGUGCCGGACAUUUCGCUCUUCCGCGGCGAGUGGCUCUGGGUACGUCAGCCGACGCAAGUGCCGGUCUCUCUCGUGCGCAACGACGGCAUCAUCUACGCGACCGGUCUCACUUUUACCUAUACACCCGAGCCCGGUCCGCGUCCCCACUGUCCACCCGCCGACGAGAUUAUGCGAGCGCCGCGUGCCAUGCACAAUCAAGCGGCCAGCAUACCACCCGCUGCCAUGUCCGCGGACGUGCCCUGGAACACUCACGGUCAGCCACCGCAAUCGGCUCUCUGAUGUCUUCUGGAUAAUCGUCAUAACGCGAACCAAAGUUUACGAUGUAGUAACGAUACGGACGAUGCGACGCCUAUAACCGUCGCGCCGAUCUCGACGUCUCGCGACGACCACGACCACGACGACGAUGACGACGAUGAUGAAGACGACGACGACGAUGCGAGUGAGAGCGGCGAUAGUGACUGUUCGUAUCUGACGAAAAAUUUAUUACUCGACAUCGAUGGUGAUGCGGCAGUUGCAGCACGAUGCGAUGCAAACUUGGACAAUAUGAAAACGUAGCGUAUCGCUCAGUGCACCCGACUCAUCGUCAGUGGUGCGACGACGUGGCGUGUCCAAUUUCGCGCGCGCUAAAGAUCGUUCGACUCGAUGUAAGUUAUUGAGGUACACAUACAUAUACAUACACACACACAUACACACAAAUUUAUAGAGAUAAUAAUUUAUAUAGUAAUCCUGUAGAUUUAACGGCUUACGCUAGUGUGUAUAGACUGAGUCGAGUAUACGACGUUUGACGAUAGAAUUUUUAAGAAAAAGCAAAUAAAAUUACAAAAGAUUUGAUUCAACAUGAUAACACCAGUUUUAAUCGUUUGUUCGAUACGUCUCGAAAUUUUAUCACCCUCGUCUCAUCUCUACCACUCCACAAAGGAUAAAACUUAUCGAACGAUUAGUAAUGUUAGCAAUGAGCAAUGAGAGGGUAACACACAAUUUUGGUCUAUACAUCUGCAUAUCGGUCACCAAACGAUGGUUGUGCUUUUGACACUGUAUUUGUUACGAAAGGAGUUGCUGCCAUGCUUGGAACUCGGUAAAGUGGAUUUCGAAAUGAUAACUAGGCGCAUUCGCGCUACGUUGUUGCCGAUCGUAUUGUCAAUUUUUCCAAUUUUUUACAAUAUGCCAGUUUAAUCCGUUUUAUUUGAUUGAAAAAAUGUUUUUUAUAUAAAAAGAAAAAAAAUGAAUUUACGAGUGUAAUCGAAAAUCCAUACCGAAAUCCGAGCGUUGCCUUGCGUGAAUGAUUCGUCCUGUACAAAGUUAGAUAGGGAGAAGGUACGCGAUGUAUUUUUGAAUCCGCGCACGACGGCCUCGACAUUUGGUACAUUUGUAAAUUUGUAUGCGCGCGGCAUCGAUAGAUUCUUUAUUAUUUAUUAGGAGAUGCAUGAUAAAUGCAUAAUAUACUUUUAUUGAGCGAAUGUGUCGCGCGCUAUCGUAUCGGUGCUGAUUGUGAAAACGAUCAGAGAUUGACAAAGUCAGUAGAAUUUAUAUCCAUCUCUUCUUUUCCUUUUCUCUACAUCUCGGAGAGAAAAGUUUGCUGUAGAAAAGGAACAUGAUUUUCUUCUGACGAUAUGCGUGCGCGCGCGUGUGUGUACAUGUAUGACGUGUGUGCGUGUGUCAUUUUAUGUAUAUAGUAUUUCAAUGUACGUACAGCACUUAUUGUGAUUACAAUUACAUGGAUCCCGGUGUAUCAAUUACGUUAGAUAUUCUCGAGGUGCUCGCGUGUAACUAAUUUUCGGUUAAUCGUCUAACUCUUAUAAAUAAAAUAAACUAUAGAAAACAAAUCUCUAUUAUUAUAUAUAUGUAUAUGUACACAACGUAUAUUUUUCUUGAUUAUUUUAUCAGAAAUGCUGAUAUCGGCAAUCGCGUUGUCCGAACGAGUGGUGGAUGGAUAUCUUUAAAUUAUAACAUUGUGCACGAAGAUUUGUAUCGUACAUACUUGAGAUUUUUUUCAGAUAGAUCGAAAACUUUCUGUCUGAAUAUAAUUGGAGCUUUUUUUUUUAAGGAUUUCUUGUGAAAAUUUGUUACACAUAAAAAAUUACAUUUACAUGUUUUAUUGUAAUUAUAUCGAUAAGUACAAUGAAGACAUAUAUGUAUAUAUAAAAUUUUAUGCUCCUACACAUGAUUUAGAAUAAACAGAAAGUUUAUAUUA